AUGGAGGACAAAAGCCCACGCGUAGCAGACUACUUUGUGGUAGCAGGCCUAACGGACUCGUCUAAACCUCUGGAGGAGGAGAGUCACGUUGACGAUGGUUGUCACAGGGCUGCGGCGCAGCCUAAGGCUCCCAUCACCGAUGUGGCUGUCAUCAUUCGCUCUCAAGGGGAGGAGGUGCCACGGGGCUAUACCUGCCUGGACUGUACCCCGUCAGGUCUGCCUGCAGAGCUGACUGGAGGAAGUCUUAUGGGACCACAGAUCUUCCUCUGCUACAGGAGAGGCAGAGACAAACCGCCCCUAACAGACCUGGGCGUUCUCUAUGAGUGGCGAGAGAAGCUGAAGCCAGGGUGUCAGAUCAUUCAGACCACACCCUCCGGUCGCCCUGCCAACAUCAGCAGUUCCUCCUCCCAGAGGAUCUACAUCACAUACCGGCGGGCGGCAGAGAGCCACUCCCACGCCCAGCUGGCUGUCACAGACAUCUGUGUCAUCAUCCCUGGCAAAGGAGAGACGCCUCCCCACACUUUCUGCAAAGUGGACAAGAACCUCAACAGCAGCAUGUGGGGUUCUUCUGUGUACCUGUGUUACAAGAAAUCUUUGGCUAAAACCAACACAAUUGCAUUCAAAGCAGGUCUACUGUGCAGGUACCCAGAGGAAGACUAUGAGUCUUUUCCUCUCCCUGAGUCUGUGCCCUUAUUCUGUCUGCCAAUGGGAGCAUCCAUAGAGUGUUGGCCCUCUCACACCAAAUACUCUCUGCCCAUUUUCUCAACAUUCGUUCUCACUGGCGCCUCUGGAGAGAAGGUGUAUGGAGCAGCCAUUCAGUUCUAUGAGGCAUAUCCUUCGGAGAGUUUGACUGAAAGGCAGCGAAUCCAGUUGGGUUUACCAUGCAGCACCCUCGGGCAAGACAACUCCAUGACGGUACACACCAACAAGAGCAUCUGCCUCCUCUCCCACUGGCCCUUCUUUGAUGCUUUCCGGAGCUUUCUCACUUUCCUCUACCGUUACUCAAUCUCGGGCCCGCACACGUUGCCCAUUGAGAAGCAUAUCUCGCACUUCAUGCACAAGGUUCCAUUCCCCUCAUCUCAGAGACCACGCAUUCUGGUCCAACUGUCUCCACAUGAUAGCCUGAUGCUGAGCCAACCAGUGUCCUCUCCUCUGCCUCUGAGUGGUGGACGUCUCUCUACACUCUUGCUGAACCUCGGCCCUAAGAAUGCAGUCACCCUACUGGUUUUGGCGGUCACUGAGCAUAAGAUUCUGGUACAUUCCCUUCAGCCGGCUGUGCUGACCAGCGUGACUGAAGCUCUGGUGUCGAUGAUUUUCCCCUUCCACUGGCCGUGCCCGUACAUUCCUCUGUGCCCGCUCGCUUUGGCGGACGUGCUCAGUGCCCCGUGCCCGUUCAUUGUGGGGGUCGACUCCCGUUACUUUGACCUCUAUGAGCCCCCUGCUGAUAUUAGCUGUGUGGACCUGGACACCAACACCAUUUCCCAUAAAGAGGAACGGAGGGCUCUGACCUGGAAGAUCCUGCCAAGAAAAGCCUGUAAACAUCUGAUAAACACCCUUAGUAACCUCCACAAGCAGCUGGCUGAGUGUCAUCAGAUGACCCCUGAGGAUGGGCAAAUGGAGUCCACCCUGUGUGAGAGAGACCUGGGUAAUGGUGAAAAGAGUCUGCAGACCUUAGAGUUGGAGAUCCAGGAGGCUUUCCUCCGUUUUAUGGCAGCCAUCCUGAAGGGGUACCGCUCCUACCUGCUGCCCAUCACUCAAGCCCCGUCUGAGAAAGCCACAGAUGCCAGUUCCCUUUUUGACCUGCAAGGGUUCUUGAAGAGCCGUGAUCGUUCCCAUCAGAAGUUCUACUCCCUCAUGACCAAGACUCAGAUGUUUAUUCGUUUCAUAGAGGAGUGUUCUUUUGUCAGUGAUAAGGAUGCAAGUCUGGCCUUCUUUGAUGACUGUGUGGACAAGCUUUUCAGUUCAGAGAAAAGUGGGAAGGUGGACAGCGACAGGCCAGAGGAUGCCAGACUCAUUGAACUGGACAAAUCACACCGCAGUGAGCACACGGUCUACAUCACCCCGCCUGAGUUACCACCACUGCCUGAGGGAGAGGAGCCCACUAUGCAGUAUAGUUACGUUGGAUUUCCGGUGUUAAACCCUGAGCUCUGUGAGCCCCAAGAGGGAUCUACGGUCAACACGACCGCCAAAACCACAAAGCACGGCAGCCCCACAAACAUCACUGCAAUCUUUAGACGCUCCAAACAGGAGAUCAAAUCAGCGCAGAAGAUGGCGAAGACCUAUUCAUCCAUCCCUCAGAUGUGGUCCAAAUGCCUGCUAAGACACUGCCACGGCCUGUGGUUCAUCUGUCUGCCGGCUUACGUCAGUGCCUGUCACUCAAAGGUGCGGGCGCUGCACACAGCCUAUGAAGUAUUGAGGCAGACGCAGGACAAGAAUCUGCAGCCCCCUGACGAGGUGUGUUACCGGGUUCUGAUGCAACUCUGUGGCCAGUAUGGACAGCCGGUUCUGGCUGUACGGGUUCUCUUUGAGAUGAAGAAAGCUGGGGUACAACCCAAUGCCAUAACCUAUGGAUACUAUAACAGGGCUGUGUUGGAGAGUACAUGGCCCUCCACAACCAGAGGGGGCUAUUUCCUCUGGGGGAAGCUGAGGAAUGUGUUGUUGGGUGUGGUCCAGUUCAAGAAGGUUUGGAGGAGACAGCCGAACCACUCCAAAGAAGCCCAUCUAUCUGAUGCCAGUGAUCUUGACAGUGUCAGCCACGGCAGCUUGGACAGUUCCAAUGACUUGGCAGAUCGCAGAUCCAUUGACACGGACUUUGCUAAAAUGGACUCUGGCGAUGAUAGAUUGAGUACAGGUGGUCAGUCUGACCAGGGUUACGAUUCUCUGUCCAAAGAGGAAGUGAGGAUGGGAGGAGGUGAAGAACAGGAAUGCUCUCCUGACACAUCUGAGAAAAAACAAGGAGACUCCAGUCCUUUGUCUAGAUCUUCAGAGAAAGCUGAGGACUCAUCUCCUGCGCUUGGAGCACUGCCACAUUCAACCACAACAGACAGCACUAAUGUCCUCUCAGGAACUCUGCCCAAGAGCAAGAGACCAAACACCUUGGACAUUUUUGGUUCCAAGCCUGCCAGGCCCAACACAUUAAAUCUUCAAUCUCUCAACCAGUCAAGUCUCAGCCAGACAUGGGAAGGAAGGCCAGGCAUGAUGCCAGGCAAUGACAGCUCUGCCGUCUGUAAGAAACAGGAAUCAGUUACGGAGGAAGAGGAAGCAGGAGACCACCUGAAGCCCCUGAAGCCCGCCGUGGAGAGAAGUAUCAGUUGCACCGUUGCCAUGGAGACGAGCGUUGGUGGGCAUGUUGCCAUGGAGAGGAGCAUGAGCUGCAGCGGAGCUCUAAGCAGGUUGGUGAAGAGAACGGGGAUAGAGGCAGGGUUUGACCCCCUGUCACUCAUGGCCGCUGAGACUCCGAUGCAGAAUGAGGGCAAGAGCACAGCCGAAACCCCUGGCGCCAGCCGCCACCUGGCCGAAGAGAUCCAGCUGUACAUGGACGUUCUAAGCAGCCCGGUCUGCAACCGCUCACUCAGUAUGGACCUGAAAGGCCUCCACACUCCGUCCCCCCACAGUUCCCCACGCCAUUCUGCUAUGUGCAGCCACCGUACCAACCAGAACCCCAUUCGGACUCCGGCCCAGACCCCCACCUUACCCCAUACCCAACCUCAGACCCCCACCCAACCCCUGCCUCGCAGUCGCCUCUUCUCCUCCCCGUCAAUCCCCCAAGGUCGGCCGCGCCGGAACAAGGAGCGACCCGCGUCCCUGGCUUCCCCCUCCUCUCCUACCCCAUACAACUCAUCUUUCUCCAUGGACUCACUCCUAACUCCCACACUGGACGUGUUUAAGAGCAGCUUCCUCUCCGCGGGGAAGGGGGUGGCGGAAAAAGCCAGCCGACUCUACUCAAGACUGUCCUCCCAAACCUCCACAGCACAGGAGGUGAAUGCUGACCAGAUUAGUGUCUCGUCUCUGGGAUCUGGGGACCCUGACUGUUCCUCUCUCUUUGACGGAGAUUCCUGCCCAGAUCCGGAGGGGCUCUGCUCGCCCCAGAGGGAUGUGGCGCAGCCAAUCACAAAGCCCAGGAGGAGCCCCAGGAAGGCAGGCCGCUGUUUGGAGAGCCCAUGUGCUCCACCACGGCUGUACAGCCAAUCCGUCCUUACUGGCUCUUCGUUGGUACUUUCAAAACCAGUGCAGACCCCAGACACGUCUGAAGCUAACCUCACACUACAAAGCUAUGCCAUUGAGGUGCGGAUGUCCAGCUGUUCGCGCUGUAACACCUGUGAGUGUCUGGUGUAUGAUGAAGAGAUCAUGGCCGGAUGGACAGCCGAUGACUCCAACCUCAACAGUACCUGUCCCUUCUGUGGCUCUCCUUUCCUGCCCUUCCUUAACGUGGACAUCAGAGACCCCAGCGGCCCGCGGAGGUAAAGAACCAGUCAAGAGAACCAGGAGGACUCACUCAAGACCAGUGAUCCUAACCCCACAGACAGCUCGAAUAGCCAAGCCAGCAGAAGUAGGGAGCCAGUGACUGUGCCCUAUCUGAGCCCACUGGUGCUGUGGAAGGAGCUGGAGAGCCUGCUGGAGAACGAGGGUGAACAGGCUGUGUCCUCAGCUGCUAUUGUGGAUCAUCAUCCUAUUGUGUACUGGAACCUGGUGUGGUUCUUCCGCAGGCUGGACCUGCCCAGCAGCCUUCCUGGACUCAUCCUCUCCUCCCAGCACUGUAGUUCUGUUGAACAGCUUGCACAGAGCGGUGCCUCCGAGGACAGCAAGAACGUUCUGGUCCAGACCCUGUGGGACAAUCCAAAACUGCACCAGGACCCCAUCCCAUCCUGCUACACACUCUGGAACACGUACUGUGUGAGUCCAGCUGUGUCUGUUCCGCUGUGGAAGGAGGAGCAGGCCAUCAGUGUGGAGCUGCUGAGGAGUUUGGUGAAGAGUAUUCAGAAAAAUGAUGUGUACCAGCCUAUGAGUGAAAUACUACAGCUGCUGGGGAACAAGCUGGGUAUCAGCAGGCAGAGGAGCCUAUAUAGAGAUAUCCUGUUCUUGUCUCUAGUGGCUUUAGGCAAAAACAACAUUAACAUCGAUGCCUUUGACCGGGAAUACAAGAUGGCUUACGACCGACUGACCCCUUGCCAAGUCAAACUGACGCACAACUGUGACCGGCCGCCCAGCGCUGGGGUCAUGGAAUGCAGGAGGACUUUUGGGCUGCCCAGUCUGUGA